GGAGCUUCUUCAUGUACACAGCCACUUUUUUCAGGCAUCUGCCAAACCUAGUGCCACCAUGGUCUACAGGUUCCCUUUAUCAACCAGAGCAUUCUUGCUGCAAAGCCGGGAACCAUAAAAGCUGUGUUACUUCCUUGAGGACUUUGGAGACGGGACAAGGCUGUCUGCCGGGUCUGAGGACAGCUGCUGGAAACGCUGCUGCUGCUGCUGCUUCUGUUGGCAUGCGGAUCUUUGCGGGACCUCUGCUUGCUGUGUAAAACCGCUUCAUUUCUCUAAAAGUUGCAGGAGGACACACAUCAAUCAAGAAUCUCAUCCUGCCUCAUCCUUGUUUCUCAGACAGUGCUGACAUCUCACAGUGUGGUGUCAGACAAGCUCUGGAUCCCCGUGUCAGCUCCUCACACACUGACCAGGACUGCGCUGCUGCUUUGUCCAAUUUUGACGUAACCUCAGUUUGAGAUUCUUCUUCCUAAAGGAACUGAACAGCCUCAUGCUCCCAUCAUUCCUGCCUGUGAUUUCCAUAUGAGAUUCAGCAGCACCAGGGAGAACUGGCCUGGACCAAUGACUUUCGACUUAACAUAAAAACAAAAAGGAUAAAGCCAAACAAGUUCCAGGGACAGAAAAAAAAAAGACUGUUAAGUACUUUAAGGACACAAACAAAGCCUUGGUUGUCUUGGAGCAGCUUUUGUGGACUUUGCCUAAAGCCAUGCAGGUGUCCUUUGCAUGUACAGACCACGGGCUGAAGGCCCCGCGUAACGGCGAGCACAGCAAGCAGAACGCCACCAGCCCCAACACAGCCAGCCAGGCCCGGGCCCGCUUCCGCACCGUGGCCCUGAUAGCUCGCAGCCUGGGCUCCUUCACCCACCGCUACCACCACAACCUCAAGGAGUCCACCGCCAAGCUCACCGGCAUGAAGUACCGGAACCUGGGGAAAUCUGGAUUGCGUGUCUCCUGUCUGGGGCUUGGCACGUGGGUAACAUUCGGAGGUCAGAUCUCUGAUGAGGUGGCAGAGCAGCUGAUGACUAUCGCCUAUGAGAGCGGGGUCAAUCUGUUCGACACGGCCGAGGUCUACUCCGGGGGGAAAGCAGAGAUAAUCCUGGGAAACAUCAUCAAGAAAAAGUGCUGGAGGAGAUCCAGCCUGGUGAUCACCACAAAGCUCUACUGGGGAGGAAAAGCAGAGACAGAGAGAGGCCUCAACAGAAAACACAUCAUUGAAGGUUUAAAGGGCUCCCUCCAGAGGAUGCAACUUGAGUAUGUGGAUGUUGUUUUUGCCAACCGGCCAGACAGCAACACUCCAAUGGAGGAGAUAGUGAGAGCAAUGACACAUGUGAUCAACCAGGGGAUGGCCAUGUAUUGGGGGACAUCACGGUGGUCCGCCAUGGAGAUUAUGGAGGCAUACUCUGUGGCCAGGCAGUUUAAUCUAAUUCCACCUGUAUGUGAGCAGGCUGAAUACCAUUUCUUUCAGAGGGAAAAAGUGGAAACUCAGCUACCAGAACUCUACCAUAAGAUCGGUGUGGGUGUGGUCUCUUGGUCCCCUCUGGCCUGUGGAAUCAUCACUGGAAAGUAUGAGAACGGCGUCCCAGAAUCCUCCAGAGCCUCAAUGAAGCCAUACCAGUGGUUGAGGGAGAAAAUAAUGAGUGAAGAUGGGAGAAAACAACAAGCCAAGCUAAAGGAACUGGCUCAUAUCGCGGAGAAGCUCGGAUGUACUUUGCCACAGCUAGCCAUAGCCUGGUGCCUGAGGAACGAGGGAGUGAGCUCAGUGCUGCUGGGAUCCUCCAAUCCGAAUCAACUAACAGAGAAUCUAGGAGCCAUUCAGGUAAUUCCAAAGAUGACUGCAGGCAUUGCCUCAGAGGUUGAUCAUAUUCUGGGAAAUCGUCCUCACAGUAAAAGGGACUACCACCAUUAGGAUGAAACCCCUUUUAUUGAACUAUGCUUCAAAAGCUUAUCAAAGCUCACUUUUCACAGCCAUGGCACCAUAAACGUGUGCCCAACUUUGCUCGUGUGCGCGUAAGACUGUGUGUUUGACUGUGUAAAGUGUUCCGCUUGGCUCCUUGUCUGUAUGAAGAUCAACCGGUACUCAUUAUUGUAAAGUGAGUUACUUGACAAAGCAUGCAUGCUACAGCUAUAGCAGCCAGCCACCGGACUCAGUCUGAACAACAGUUAGAGGAUCCAGCAGGAUGACUUCUGGAGUGAAAGUCUCCCCACAAAUUCAAAGAAGCAAAAGAUUACAUUUUUGAGAAAUAACUCUUGCUCAAAUUACGUCUGUGAGUAUGAGUAUCGAUGCUUUAAGUAAAGAAAACUUUACAGGCACUUACUACGGCAAAAAGCAUCACAUAAAGUCAUGGCAGUGCAAUAAGUACACAACAAAAAGAUGUUCCAGAAAUCUAUGUUACUAGAUGUUUGUGAUGUGAUGAAAAAAAACAAUGAUGAUGUGUGUAAUUGGGCCUGGUCUCAGCAGACUGGAUGAUAUGCUAACACUCCCCAUUGCAGCUGGAGCUGACCCAUCAACGUGAUUAAUUGUUUCAGUGCUGGAAGAACCGAAAUUCUGCUCAAAAUGUUGUCGCUUACACCAAGAGAGCUAAGUUAAGCUAAAAUAUGUUUCAAAACAUCUGUAUUGACUGUUAUAUAUUUUUCCUUAUUAAGCAGCUAUGUCAGAAUGAGCUUUUCAUUUCAUUGUCUUUUGUUUUUCAAAAGUACAGCAUAGUGUACCCUCCUGUUGAGCCCCUUGAACAACUUUGUAUUUGGACUAUGCCGGACUUUCUGUCAGUGAUGCUGAUGAUGUCUGAUUCACUUAAUUUCGAUCUGUGUUGUGGCUAAAACGUUUGUCUUGUCACAGUUGGGGAGAUCAUCCUCCUACGGAGGAGCUUGUGAAGUUAACAAAUAUUAGCCAUGUAGCUAAUGAAGAGACUCAGUAAAAAACAAACAAACAAACAAAAAAACAUAUGGGUCCCUGCAGUCAUUGCACUUGGAACACACCGAAUCCUUUCCCAACUUCUCCCUGAUGCCAGUUUUACAUAAUGGGAUUAUCUUUCUUAUGUUCUGUCUGUUCAUGUG